UGCACCUGAAGCGUGGCAGCUGCUUGUUGUGUACAGUCGUUGAAAACAAGUCAUAAACACACGAUUUAUCGGAUUAACUACAUAUGAACUAACCAUAUGUUCAAAGAUAUCAAAAGAUGCUCAAGGGUAAAUCCACUCCGUGGACGUAGAGGUUAUAUCAGUGCUGCGAAUAAGUCGAUAGCAUCGUGCUUAGUUAACUAUUUUAAGAAACAUCUGAGUAAACUUGACUUUUUGGAGGUGGCAGCGCUCAGCUGAGGUGCUGAUUAUGGACGACUGGACUGCUGACUUGGAGGUCGACGUUAUAUGCUCAGAUGACGAUUCUACAAGGAGAGGCAAAAGUUUGAAGCUCCCUCUGGUCAAACCCGUGUGUGCCAAGCGGAAAAGCGGAUAUGGGUUUCACCAGAGCUGCAGAAUGUGUCUGGAGAAGAUCAGAGAAGCCAUGCUGCAUCACAGAUGGCAGGAGGCAGCGGAGUAUAUGGCGUGUUGCUCCCAAAUAUUAGAGUGCAAAUCUGAAUACAGAGUACCACCCAAUAAAGUGCUUAUUCGGAGAAUCAGCACUGAGAUUCUUCACCAUCAUCCCAACACAACGAUGGAAGACUACAACGUCGUCUAUGAACGUAUGAAGCAUUCAGGAUUUAAACAUUACUUGAUGAUUUCUCUGGAACACGCGUUCCACCUGAUGCUCCACGGUAAGAUCAAAGAUGCAAAGCAGAAGCUGUGUGAUGCUGAAGGCUGGAAGUACGGGAAGGAGUCAGCCAUUCAGAUUCAGAACACUAGACUGAUCCAGGCCUACAGGAGUUUACUGGAUUACAUCAUCUGGUGCGACACAAAGAGCAGUCUCUCUAACAAGGAUUAUUUUGACAUGCAAAACGCACUUAAUUCCUUCAGAAAAGCCUCUGUCAAUCUUAAGGAGAUUUUGAAACAUCCAGGUGUUUGGGAUCCCUUCAUCCUGAGUUAUGUUGACAUGCUGGAGUUCUAUCAGGAUCACGAUGAGGCUCUCAAAGUCCUAACUGACUAUGCAUUAGACGAGAAUUUCCCCCCAAAUCCAAAUGCACAAGUCUACCUGUACCGGUACCUGAAGCAGCACGACGCUCCUCAGAAGAAACAGAUGAAGGUGCUAAAGAACCUCCAUUCAUUAGUCCCCAGUCACGAGUUGAUGCUGGACUACAUUUCCUACCUGCUUCAGGCAGAGAAAAAAGCGAGCGCCCAGAAAGCUCUAGCAGUCAUUUUGGAAAUGCUGGACUUCGCUUGCUGGAGGACCAACCUGGACCUGUGGAGGAGUCUGCAGGGUGUGAUUCAGAAACUGCAGAUGGAAGAUAACUUUGAGAGCAUUGUUCGUGAGACAAUGGCUUCAAGAAAAGACUGGUGGUAUGCGCUGCACUUCACAAGCUUUCACGGCAGAAAAGACUCCAAGGAGAACCCCGAGCUUUUGGAAGUAAAGGCAUCGCUGGCAAAAAUCCUCUGUCCAGAUCGAGAACUCAAGUACGCUGCUGAAUAAGGGAGGGUGGAGUUAACCUGUCAUCGGAGCAGGUGUCCCGCGGUACUCCACGAAGGUCCUCCUUUACACUUUUUUUCCAGUAAGACUUGAUCUAGCGUGGAAAUAUUUGUAAUUCAAGGGUCACAGUCUAGAGUCACAGAGUGUUCCUGAACUGCUGCAAGCUGCAAUGUCCACUAAGUGGAGAUCUUGCUCUCUAUUUUUGUACGACUGCUUCGACCACCUCAUUUUGAAAGAGAAGGAGUAACUCUGAAAGCCAGCGUUCACACUGACUUGAAGGUUCCUGUAAAUAUUUUGAUAAGAGCUGAAUCUCCUUCUGAUUUCUUGACUGUAACAGAGGUGUUUUCACAUCUGCAGCGAGUCAGCGCGGCACAAAGCCCGGGGAUGUUCUCCCCGUCGUGUAAGGGGAUUCAUGACAGAUUUUGGGCAGCAUGUUGUGCAGACGUGAGCGACAGACAGUUGGCAGCUGGCUGCUGCAGCGUAAAGUCCCAGUAUGGGUCUGUUUUCUGUUAAAUGUGUCUUCAGUCAAUUCACAAAAUCACUGUAUGCUCCGAAGGCUCAGAAAUAUGCACCUUGUUUAUAUAUUUAUUGACAAAAAUAAUUAAUUAUUAUACUGUAAGGGCUUAUUCCCGUGAGUGUUUCACACUGAACCAUGAAAUAAGGUCUUAAAUUCAACAGCAUGGCAAUUUAAGAAGUGAAAGUGUUUGUAAUGAUUCUGUUUCAUCUCACCAUGUUGUUGGCCGUGCAGCAUCUCAGUCAGUCACACUGCGUGUGCUGCUCUGCAGUCGUUACAUAAACCAAAGCCCAGAGCUCUUUCCCCACAACAGGAGCAGCUGGUGAAGGGAUCUGGGAAUACACAACACAUGUUUGAGAAUUCAGAACUGGAGGAGCGGCGAGGGUUAUCAAGUCAGGAGCUGGCCGCUGCUUUUAAAUGUGCCCUGCCCGCCCUGCCUUUUUAUGUCUUGAAAGUGUUUUUUCCUCCCGAGGCUUUUGAAUUUGUUUUAAUCAUCUGCACAGAUGUUCCAAGUUGAGUCAGUCAUUGCACUCCGUUGGGAGUCUGAGUGACAGCUUCCCUCCUGUACCCUGACCCACUCACAGCUCAAACCAUUAAAGAGCCUUGUUCAAACGUAGAUUCUUGUCACAUUUCUUUUUUCAUUAAAUUCUAAUUACAGAAGGAAAAGUCUCUAUUGUGCUUUAGUUUCUCCCAAACCUUGGCAGUAUAACAAUGUGUCCGAGCUUAGACGUUUCUGUAAUUGCCUAUUUGAGUCGUAAACAAUAGAAAGUGCCCCCCAACGCCCCGUUGUUGCUUCCUGGAGCAGCUGCUUGAGUCUGGGGGAGGUUGUGCCGUAUCCUAAGAAUAUCUUAUCUUCCAGUAGUGAGCUGCCUGCCCCACUAAGACAGUCAGGCUGUCUUAGGAUAGGGCAGCACACUUAUAAAUAAUGUCCUUUUAUCAACCAAAAAAAUGAAGAACAACGAGCUGGAAGGAGAGGGAGAAAAGACAACAAUGUACACUCACAGGGGUUGAUGAGAUGGAGCUGUGAACAAUCAGGGAAGGCAACGAGAGGUCGAGAGAAACUGUGUGUGUGGAACUAUAAACUGUCACAUUAUCAGUCACAUGACUGGAAUGGGCUAAAGUUUUCUUCUUCUUUUUUCCCCGUAAUGCAUAGCGCCAACACACCACAUGAGCAUCAAUGCCUCAUAUCACCUAUAUGUUAGUGAAGGGGAGGGUGGUUUUCUCUUAUCGUCGACUGAGUCUACUUAAAAUUCAAGGUCCAAAUUUAACUGCAGUUGGGUCAUUCAAGGUGAAAUCGAGGUGUUGCAAUAAUCUGAUCAAAAUCCAGUCCUUAUACCACCUUUAAAAGAGCUGCCCGUGAACAAAUGCCUACAGACCUCAAUUAA